AUAGCCCCUAACACCUAAACUCUCACGUAUGUGUUGGCUCAACACUAGCGAAACACUUUAGACUAAUCAAUAGCGUUAUACUUGGCCAUGGCGGGAUUCCCCUUACGUCACGGUGCCACGUACAGUACCGCAAAAUGGCGUCUGAACUAGAACUACUCAAGUCCAACAGGGAGGAACUUGUGAGAAAGAUUCGUUUGGUUAAACCUUUCCUAGACAGGCUACUUCAGCACGGUGAGAUAGUUGAGGAGGAGUACGACACUGUUCUGGCAGAGAAGAUUCCACAAGACAGGGCAAGAGCUCUUCUGGAUCUUGUGGGGGCGAAGGGCGGCCGAGGGGCUUUUCGCCAUUUUCGGGAGCACUUGAAAAAGGACAACCCAGAACUAGAGGAAGUGUUGCACAGGUGUGCAAAACACAACCUGCGGUACAAGCUGUACUGUGAGGAAUGCAGGACAUUGUUGUGCCGCACUUGUCGUUCGGAAGACCACAAACAAGAUCACAGGAUUUCAUCAGUAGUCGAAGAUGCUGAUAUCAUCAGAAGGGAUGUCACGGCCUUUAUGAGAGAGAACAGGAAGCUGCUGAAAACGUUCAAAACAUCUAGUAAUGGGGAGGAAGGACGGCAAAAGUUGCUCUUCGACAUUGAAACGAGGAAAAACACACUUAAGGCAAUGUUUAUUACGAAGAUAGAGUCGGAAUUUGAAUGGUGUAGGAAUCAAUUGGGUGCACGUAAAAGAGAUGUGAGUCCAGUAGGUAGCAUCUCCAGCAUAGCAAGUUCCACAAUGAGUGACCUAUCUACCAGCUAUGCCCCAGAAAUUGAGUCCACGCAACCAUUGAAGGCUAGGACCCCGGAACGUAAGUUUCUUCCCCGCAAACCCCAGUUUCAUCCUUACGAAAGAAAGGAUUCGAAAGACCAGACUGAGGCAACUACAUUUCGCCCCCCUUCUUCUGUUUCACAAACUAACGGUAACACACCAGUCGUUAUUCGACGGCGCCGCCCUCAAAGUCAGGAAUAUUGUAUGCUAUCGUAACGUAACAGUGAAAGGCGGCAGCCAGUUUCCACUCAACCCAAAGUGAGCUUGAUUAACUAAUGCUCAAUAUGCUACAUGCAUGAAGUAUUUGCAGGAUGUAAAAUCUAUCCCUCACUGUAAAAUGGGGCUAACCGAAAGCAGUACAGUAAUUCCGAAAAACACACUGAAAGAUACAGGUUCAAUGUGCCAAUAAUGGUGUAACCAUACUUUAAGACACAGGGGUCCGGGCAAAUAAGUCCAUAUCUGACUAACAAGCUAGCAACAUCUUCUGCCUAGGCAAGACAUGGUUACAAUUUGCACCCAAACCUCCCAAGAUUCUUCUCAAUCCAGGCGUAACAAAAUGGCGCUGUGGUUGACACCUGUAUUGAUAUUUAUAAUGUGAUAGUCCACGAUAAGUUUAGAAUUGAUUCCAAUCUUGAUUGUCGCCAGUUACCAUGCACUUAAUUCUGCACAUGCAGCACAUCAAUGUGUCCAGUUUGACCUUAAAUAGUUUCACAUGGAAUACAGGUAAUUAUGUUUACCUAAGGAAAACAUAUUGUUUUUACUACGUUUCUUCUUCCUCUUACUCUUCUGUUGCAAACACUAACCUCUGACCUGACCAAUGACAUGAUUUGUUGACGUCUGUCACCAUGGUGACUGGUGUUGGGUUACGUAAUGUUGCAAAUUCAUGGUCUGCUCUACUCCAUGUAUGUGAAUGUGUUUGAGUAAAAAUUAACAGAGCAGACCAUGUCCGAAGGUAAACAUUAUGCAUUUGCUUUGCAAAUGUUACUUCUCUAGUUAUACCUAAAUUACCAAUGUUUUGUGUAAAUAGUGCAAUUUAUUCCAGUUCUCAGAUGUAUAUAUUAACCAAAUGUAUACUGAAACCUUCAAGAAACAUGUUUUGUGUAAAU